AUGGCAGAAAUAAUGCAAAUACAUCGCCAAGAAGAUCCAACUCAACGUCAACAAGAUCCAUUUCAAGAACACCAUUCACAACGUCAACAAGAUCCUACUCAACAACACUAUCCGCGACGUAAUUUUCCUAACAAAAUGACACAACAACAACAGCAACAGCAUCAACAAGGAUAUAACUAUCCAAUGGAACACAAAGGUAACAUGGAUUCUCGUUACAGAAUACCAAAUGCUCCGAAACGUGAGCACUGCAUAUGCAUCACAAUCUUGUUCCUUUUACUCGGCAUCAUAAUCCUCAUCCUAUGGCUAGCUUACCAUCCCUCAAAGCCUCACAUCACAGUCACCAGUGCUUCAAUCUACAGCCUCAAUGCAACUUCACCGCCAUUCAUGUCAAUCUCAAUGCAAUUCACAAUCUUCAUAAGGAAUCCAAACAAGCGCGUCUCCAUUUACUUCGACAGGCUUUCCGCCUACGUCUCGUAUAGAAACCAACCGAUUACGCCUCAUGUUAUUCUCCAGUCUCUUUACUUGGAGAAGCACGGGACCGUGUCGGUGUCCCCCGUGUUAGGAAGCGUCCCGAUUCCGGUAUCGGUGGAUGUGAUGAACGGUUUGGUUGCGGAUGAGAGUUAUGGUGUGGUGGGUGUGAAACUUGUGUUUCAAGGUAGGUUGAGAUGGAAAAGUGGUGAGAUAAAAUCAGCACAUUAUAAUAUGUAUGCUAAGUGUGAUUUGUUGUUGGGUUUGAAGAAAGGUCUUGUGGGCCAGAUUCCUUUGAUUGGUGCUCCAGUUUGUGAUGUCGAUACAUGA